UUAAUGCACAAGAGGAGUCGCUGCGAGAUUCGACUAAGUCAACUGCUCCUCCAUCGCGCCAUUACUUGUAUGGUUCUCGCACGGCCACCGGUGAUUACGUCCGCCAUGCCCUUCGCUUUCCUCCUACGCCGGCGGCCGCUUCUCUUCUACGCCGCCACCUGGACAGCCGUCAUCUCCGCCACCGUCGCCAUGGCCGCCUUCUCGCCUGAGGUUGCCUUCGUGUGGGCCAUCUCGCAGGCCUCCUCCUUCGCGCGGCCGUGCGGCGCCGCGUCAGUGCGGCUCCCGAUGGAUGGCCCGCCAGGGGAGGUGGUGUGCGUGCCUGUCUACCUCUUCGACCGAUCAGCCGUCGACGCAGUCAUCCCUCCGCUGUUCGCCGUGGCGGUGCUCGCGGCCUCUGUCAGCGUCAUGCGCGCCGUUGGGCUGUGGGAGGACGAAGAGGAAGAGGGGGAGGAGGAAGAAGAGACGUUCCGUUGACCGUGACGUGGUCGUUGACCUUUAAUAUAAGUUGUAGUAGGGCUGUGAACUAAUAUGGGCCUGGUUAAACUUGUUAAGAUUAUGGGCGGCCCAACUGCCUUAGUUGUUUUCCU